AGCGAACACGCGCGAGACUUUUCGCGCCACACUACCCAGCCUCGAAAACGAACAAGCCAUCAAGAUGGGCGCCUCGAAGACCAAGACGGUCAAGAACAAGCACGCGGCCAAGAACUCGGGCAUUAAGAACAGUAAAUCCGCAAAACGGCCCGAGAACGACCCCGUCGUAAAGGCGAAGAGAACCAAGGAUGGCCACAAGCCUGCCGUCAAGCCUGGCCAGCUUAGCAAAGAGCUGCAGAAGAAGCGCAGGAAGAGGGUGUACACUGAGAAGGAGCUGGGGAUCCCGGAGCUGAACAUGGUGACGCCAAUCGGGGUGGAGAAGCCCAAGGGGAAGAAGAAGGGCAAGGUGUUCGUUGAUGAUCGGGAGAGCAUGACCACCAUCCUCUCCAUGGUCCAGGCCGAGAAGGAGGGCCAGAUCGAGUCCAAGAUGAUGAAGGCGCGCCACAUGGAGGCAAUUCGCGAAGCAAGGAAGGUCGAGGCCGAGAAGAAAGAGGCUGAGCGCAAGGCCAAGUUCGACGAGACGAAGGACUCGCUCCGCAAGAAGAGAAAGAGACCGGCCAGGCCUACCGACGACGAUGCCGACGACAAGACGAUGAAACGUGCCGAGCUCGAAGGCACCAAGGCAACCAAGGCAAAGAAGAAGAAGAAGGUCUCGUUUGCAGACUGAUAGCAAAGAAGAGACACGCAAAAGGUGGAGGUGUUCUGAUGCAUUGCACGGCGU